AUGGCUUUGGCAAUCUAUUUCGAUGAUUUUCACCUAGAGGACGACUCAGUAUGCAGUUAUGACUAUGUGAAGAUUGCUAACUCAGAUGGGGACACAGUUGGUACAUACUGCGGAGAGGAGACUGNCAAGAAUGAUGCAAAGGAACAGUAUGGCUAUGUGGAGAUUGCCAACUCAGAUGGGGACACAUUUGGUACAUACUGCGGAGAGGAGACUGGAACAACAGUUCAUGUAACGGGAGCCUUUGCCGUGAUCACAUUCUCCUCGGUCUUUAGUGUGCAGGAAAGAGGAUUCUCUCUGCUCUUCUCCUUUAUUGGCUGUGGUUCCGUGAGUAAUAAUUCGCUGAAAAGUCCUGGAUAUCCAAAUAACUAUCCGCGAGAUAUGUAUUGUGUAUAUCAUAUUAACACACCAAAAGGAAUGGCUUUGGCAAUCUAUUUCGAUGAUUUUCAUCUAGAGAACGACUCAGUAUGCAGUUAUGACUAUGUGAAGAUUGCCAACUCAGAUGGGGACACAUUUGGUACAUACUGCGGAGAGGAGACUGGAACAACAGUUCAUGUAACGGGAGCCUUUGCCGUGAUCACAUUCUCCUCGGACUUUAUUGUGGAGGAAAGAGGAUUCUCUCUGCUCUUCUCCUUUAUUGGCUGUGGCUCCAUGAGAAACAAUUUGCUGAAAAGUCCUGGAUAUCCAAAUAACUAUCCGCGAAAUAUGUAUUGUGUAUAUCAUGUUAAUAUUACCCACGGAAUGGCUUUGAGAAUCUAUUUCGAUGAUUUCCAUCUUAAAAACGACUUACUAUGCUGUUAUGACUAUGUGGAGAUUGCCAACUCAGAUGGGGACACAUUUGGUACAUACUGCGGAACGAAGACUGGAAAGACAGUUCAUGUAACGGGAGCCUUCGCCGUGAUCACAUUCUCUUCAGACUAUUUUGUGCAGAAAAGGGGAUUCUCCCUGCUCUUCUCCUUCAUUGGUCUCAACGCUUCUACGAGCAACACAAGUAUUACAAAAACUACAGUCUCCCCAACUUCUGCAUAUGAAUCAGACAGAUGUGUAGAAGGAUAUCCCCUUGAUAAAAUUACAGACCCAGUAACGAUUACGUGUCAAUUACGUAAUGUGGCCACUUCGCAAUAUCUACGAACAACACCAAGUCGACCAUUGUCUGCAGCUUCUACUAAUACUGGUUGCGGCUCUGUGAAUGAUAACUUACUGAAAAGUCCAAGAUAUCCAAAUGAGUAUCCAGAGAAUAUGCAUUGUAUAUAUCGGGUUGAUAUUCCCCACGGAAUGGCUUUGAGAAUCUACUUCUAUGAUUUUCAAAUAAAGUACAAAGACUUUUGCAGGGAUGACUAUGUUGAAAUUUCCAAUGCAGAUGACAUUAUCUUUGGUAAAUACUGUGGAAAGAAGAAUGGAACAACGGUUCAUGUAACUGGAGACUACGCCUUGAUCACUUUCCAUUCAAACCCAGAAUUGGGUGCAAGAGGAUUCUACCUACAGUUCUCCACAACCUUACAAUGUGUUACAGGACCUGCAAACACUGCAGUUACUACGAGUACAACUGUUUCUCCGUCACUUCAGCCACCAGGUUGUGGCACCGUGAGCAACAAUUCGCUGAAGAGUCCUGGAUAUCCAAAUAACUAUCCGGGAAAUAUGUCUUGUGUAUAUCGUGUUAAUAUUCCCCACGGAAUGGCUAUUAGAAUUUAUUUCGAUGAUUUUCGUCUAGAGUAUGAAUCACUGUGCUGGUCUGACUAUAUGAAGAUUGCCAAUUCAAUUGGGGACACAUUCGGUAUAUACUGCGGAGAGAAAAAUGGAACAACAGUUCAAGUAACGGGAGCCUUCGCCGUGAUCACAUUCUCUUCAGACCACAUUGUGCAAGAAAGAGGAUUCUCCCUGUUCUUCUCCUUUACUUGUGCCACAGAUUCAGCUAUUUCAGGUCCUUCAAGUCUUUCAGCUACUUCAGGUGCCGCAGGGUCUUCAAUGAGUCCUUACAAUACUGCACCGUAUCUAGGUCUUAUACGUUAUUUCACACCUACUUCGGGUCCUAGAAAAUCUCCAGCUACUUCAGGUCCAACAAAUACUUCCGCUACUUUAGUUGCUACAGAUGCUUCAGCUUCUUUAGGUCUCGCAAAUACUUCAGCUACUUCAGUUGCCACAGAUGCUUCAGCUUCUUCAGGUCCCACAAAUACUUCGGCUUAUUCGGUUGCUACAGAUGCUUCAGCUACUUUAGAUCCUUCAAAUACCUCUGCUAUUUUAGGUGCUACAACUUAUUCACUCUCAGCUUCUUCAGGUCCUGCAAAUGCCUCAGCUACUUCAGUUGCUACAGAUGCUUCAACCUCUUCAGUUCCCACAAAUACUUCGGCUUAUUCGGUUUCUACAGAUGCUUCACCUACUUCAGGUCCAACAGUUACUUCAGCUACUUCGGUUGCAACAGCUAUAUCAGGUCCUACAGAUACUUCAGCUAUUUCAGGUGCUACCAAUGCCUCAGCUGCAGAUGUUUCAGCUACCUCAGAUCCUCUCAACACGUCGGUGCCAGCUGUUGUGCAAACCCUUCCAGGUUACAAAGUGACGUUUUCAGUGCCAGGAGACCUUCGUUUGAACACAGUAAUACUGAAAGAGUCCACAGUAUUGGUAAACACAACAAAAAAGUCUGUGAAUAUCCAGUUCUAUGAAGAAGGAAACUAUACUUGGCUGGUCACCAGCAAGCAUGGAUUUAACUUGCGAAUGUUCACUGUGAUUUUUCUUGAUUGCGGACCAUCUUGUUCUUCAGAGUGGAGCGCCUCUCACGGGAAUAAUCUCUUUUGCUCAAAUAUUACGAUUACGCAUCUCAGCAAAUGCAUUCCUUCAACGACUGAAAAACUAAACUUGUCUACCAAUGGCAUCAAGUCUCUACCAGGUGGAUUGUUUGCUAACCUAACCAGCCUUUCUAAACUAAUCUUGUCUUCCAAUGAUAUCACCUCUCUACCAGAAGGAUUGUUUGGCAAACUUACCAGCCUUUAUAGACUGGACUUGUCUUCAAACGCUAUCAUCUCUUUACCAAAAGGAUUGUUUGCCAACCUAAUCAACCUGAUCAGGCUGGAUUUGGAUUCAAACGAUAUAGCCUCUUUACCAGAAGGGCUGUUUGCUGACUUAGCAAACUUACGGAGCCUGGACUUGUCCUCGAAUGCCAUAACCUCCUUGUCGGAAGAAUUGUUUGCCAAUCUAACCCAACUUCUGCACCUGAAUCUGUCCUCAAACGCAUUAAAUUCCUUACCGGAAGGAUUGUUUUCUAAGCUGACUCGCCUGGGGUCUCUGUAUUUCUCUUCAAACGCUUUAACCUUUUUGCCAGAAGGAUUAUUUGCCAAUCUAACCAAUCUGCAGUUCUUGGGUUUCUCCUCAAAUGCAAUAACCUCCUUACCGAAAGGAUUGUUUACUAUACCAACUCAGCUGAUUUACCUGUACGUAGAAUUGAAUUUACCUUAG